AUGUUGCUUAUUGCAGCGCUCUUCUGCCUAGCACUUCACGCGAGUACGGUUCUAACAAGCCCCCUUGUCGACGAGACAUUCGACUAUGUGGUGGUAGGUGGUGGUACAGGUGGAGCUGUCGUCGCGACGCGAUUAGCACAGCACUCUUAUAAGGUAGCAUUGGUUGAAGCAGGUGUCUUAUAUGAGCUAGAAUCGUUGGCAGAGGUUCCUGCGGCAGAUGUUUUACCAGUAGGGUCUGACCCGACUACGAAAUCAGCAAUCGAUUGGGGAUUCGUCACAAGCGGUCAGCCUGGGGCCAAUGGACGAGCGAUACACUAUGCGCGAGGAAAGUGCCUUGGAGGGUCUUCUGCUCUCAACUUCAUGAUCUAUCAAAGGCCGACUCGCGGGGCAAUGCAACAAUGGGCGGAUGCAGUCAAUGACACGAGUUACACCUUCGAUGAAGUCCUUCCUCUGUACAAGAAAAGUGUGCAGUUUACACCACCGAAUUCACAGAAGAGAGCCUCCAAUGCCACGGCAGAAUACAAUUCGGAUGCAUUCAACUCCAGUGGCGGUCCCUUACAUGUCUCCUAUGCAAAUUAUGCUCAGCCUUUUUCAUCUUGGAUGAACCUAGGUAUGCAGGCAAUCGGGAUAGAUGAAGUUGAAGACUUUAAUUCAGGCUCCCUUAUGGGAUGCCAGUACUGUUCUUCUACCAUCAACCCAUCUGAUGAGCUCCGCAGUAGUUCUCAGGCCUCAUUCCUUACUUCAAUCACCCCAUCCACCUUGACAACCUACUCCGGAACACUCGCGAAGAAAAUUGUUUUUGACGAGCAGAAAAGAGCGACUGGGGUUCAAGUUAAUGGACUAUUAGGAAAUACCGUUACUCUUUCAGCAAACAAGGAAGUCAUCAUCUCUGCGGGUGUUUUUCAAUCACCGCAGAUGCUGAUGGUGUCCGGUGUGGGACCUUCUGAUCAAUUGAAAGCUCAUAAUAUUGAUGUGAUUGCGGACAGACCUGGCGUGGGUCAAAAUAUGUGGGAUCACCCAUUCUUUGCUCCUGCAUAUCGGGUGCGAGUAUCCACGCUCACUGAAUUCGCCAACAAUCUUCUUUACGCUGCGGCUCAAGUUGUCAGUGGAAUAUUGGACAAGAGCGGACCUAUAACAAACCCGGUCGCGGAUUACCUGGCCUGGGAAAAGAUCCCCCAUGCCUUGAGGUCGAAUUUCACGCGGACAACUCUUCGAGCGUUAUCUCGGUUUCCCUCUGAUUGGCCUGAAGCAGAGUAUAUUUCUGGGGCUGGAUAUAUCGGUAAUGUGUCCAAUCUCUUGUCAGAUCAGCCGAAGGAUGGCUAUCAAUAUGCUUCCAUGCUUGGUGUUUUGAUUGCGCCGUUGUCCAGAGGCAACGUCACGCUACAGUCGGCUGAUAUUUCGGACCUACCUGUGAUUAACCCAAAUUGGCUGGGCGAUCCCGCAGACCAGGAAGUGGCCAUUGCUAUGUUCAAGCGAAUGCGACAGGCAUUCCAGAGUGAAGCUAUGGCGCCCGUCAUAAUCGGAAAGGAGUACCUCCCGGGCCCGGAUGUUCAAACCGAUUCUGAGAUUCUCGAGUUCAUCAAGAAUAAUGUAAUGACUCUGUGGCAUGCUGCCUGUACAUGCAAGAUGGGAACUUCCGACGACGAUAUGGCCGUGGUUGAUUCCCAGGCCCGGGUUUACGGAGUACAGAGACUGCGUGUUGUGGAUGCCAGCGCAUUUCCCUUUCUACCACCAGGGCACCCUCAGUCAUCAGUUUAUAUGCUAGCAGAGAAAAUCUCAGAGGACAUAAUCCGAGCUUCAUCCUAA